UGUCAGCAUGUGCGAAUGCUCUGUGUGCACAGCACUGUGUGAGCACUGCACAUGCAUGUUAAUACUGCACGUGGUUGUGUGGGGCUGCUGGGCACAUAUGUGCACCUGACACUGCCUGUGUGAGAAUGCUGCACAGGCAUCAGUGCCUCAGCACGCACGCACACACACACACGCAUACACACGUGUCAUAAUAUGACUGCUCUGCCCAUGUGUGCCCGUGUGCGGAGGGGUCAGUGGCUCAUGGAGCUGGGGCUGUGCUGUGGCAGGUGCAGGAAGCAGAGGUCAAGGAGCAGCAGAAAGCCCUCCAUGAGAAGGAGCCAGGGACGGCCCGCCUGAGGACCCUGCAGCAGAGGGCUGGCGUCCAAGCUAAGAAGGACAUGCUCCAGGCCAAGCAGCACCAGGAGACCAGGGAAAGGGAGGAGCAGCAGAGCCUCCUGGAGCAGAUGGCCUGCAAGAAGCACCAGCAGGUCAAACAAACCAAGCGGCACUGCAGCUAUUUUGAGCAGGUCGUCAGGAAGCAGCAGGAGCAGGCGCUGAAGAUGCGAAGGCAGCAGGAGGAGAGGGUGGCCAAGCAAGUGGAGUACGGCAAAGCGGUGCGGCGCCUGGUGCUGGAGUGCCAGGAUCAGCUGGUGCACAAGUGGGCCAUCUGCUUUGAGGCUGGGAAGCACCAGCAACAGGACAUGCAGAAACCCCCGGACUGCAAUGGCCAGCUGAAGAGAACCAGGAUGCAGGAGCUCCGAGCCAGCGUCCUGCCUGACAAAUACUGCAGAGCUGUGGAGCACAAGGGCUGGAUGAAACCAGGCCCCAAGGACUGAGAGUCUCCCUGUACUGCUCAGCCUAACCCAGGGGGGUCGUGUGAGGCCUCUCCCUGGCCUAGACUUAUUUUCAUGUUUUAUUUCAUAGUUUUAGAAAGAGUGUAAAUAAAA